AUGGACAUGGUGCAAUUAGAAGCGGCCGCAGACGGCCGAGCCGCUCUCCCGUCACCCCUGGUUAGCCUGCCGGACAAAAUCAUCUUGGAAAUUGUCCAGAGCGUCUUUGACAGCUACAUCGAUGAUCUCUGCUCAGGCUACAGCGAAAAGGAAGACGUUUCUGAACCGCACCUUGAUGUUACAGAAGUCAAGUUCCACAACAUCUUGGGGAGGGCUAGAGCUCACAUGAUCGAGGACAACGGCGCAUCUACCAGCACCGCUACCGACGAAGGUUGCCAACUCCCGCCGGCACAUUUGUGGAGAUGUCUCCGAGACCUGGGGGCUCCGUUUUCUAUGGAUGACAAGGGAGGAACCCGUAGCGCACCUGGUCAUAGCAGCGCGGGAAGCAAUACGACCAACACUGACAUGGAAUUUGAUGAACGAAAUAUCGAGAUGCGUAAGGCUCGUACCUUGAGUACUUCAGUGGGUAGCACGUCGUCUCCAAUGGUGGCCUCGGUCGAGGGCGGAUCGAGCUCGAAGAAGAACAGGUCAAAGUAUCCACCCAAAGCAGCCAAAACUGCUGCAAAGGCUGAGCGGAGAAUCCAGGCAAAGAGCGAUGAAACUCUAGGACAGGGAAACGGAGACGAGCGCGCCUUGGGUGGCAUGCGGCCACCCUCUACCACCGGUUCAGCAACUGUUGUGCCCUCCCAUCAGUCUAGUCUCCCGGCCCUCCACCCUACGAACGUUGCUGCUGGCACUCAAGUGAGCCGUGAGGAUCCCUUUGUCGACGCCCAUCCCAACGCUCUCAUUAGUGCUCCUGAAGAUGUCGGGAGCCGGGAGCAUCCUCUUCCUUCGCAAACGUAUAUGCCACAGCAGGCUAUUCCGCCACCUGCUAUCACACCGCGCUCCCAGUUGCCGACAAAGCUGUAG